AUGUAUAAUAAUGCAAGUCCAAUAAGACAUUAGAUAAUAUAAGGACCUCACAAUAAAUCAGUAUCUCCAGUGUCCAGAUUCCAAGUAAUGGGCAAUAUUCAACCAUCUCUUGGGAUGAAAACAAUUCUGAAACCUAAAAUAUAUGAAGUAGUUGAAGUGCCUCUUAAUCAUUAUACUUCAGUACCAAGUUUCUAGACACCUUAAUAAUAAUAAUAUGAUCAAGAGUUUUAAAGGAAGAUAAAAUAAGUGGAAUAAGAAUCUUUUAUAUGCAGACAGAAAAUUGAAUAAGAAUAAAGAAAUGAUUAAUUUUAACAGCUCAAUGAAAAAAUUAGAUAACAAUAAUAAGAAAUAGAAAGACUUAAGUCAGUUAAUGACCCAAACCUUAGAUUGUUAAAAGAAUAAUGCGAUUAUUAUUUUAAUCAAUCUUAAUAGGCAGAGUUGGAAAAAAAUGUAAUAAUAUAUUUUAAUUUAUAUAUAGGAAUUGAUACUAAGACUCAAAUAAAAUGAGUAGCAAAUGUAAAAGAUAUAACAAUAAUAAAUUCAUAUUAAUGAGAAGGAUGUUAAAUAUAAUCAAUUAUUUAAUGAACAUGAGUAAUUAAAAUAGAAGUAUUAAAAUAUUGAAAAUUAAUUAUAAUAAUAAAUAGAUAAAUAGAAAGCAGAAUGUGAUAGAAUUUACAAUUAGAAUUUCACAUAAAUUAAAUAAAAGUAUAAUAAAGAUCUUAUUAUAAAAUAGCUCUGAAUUGAGAAACAAAUAAUUUGAUGAUUAGAUUUAAAAAUUAUAAGAGGAAUUGAAUGAUGCAAUUAGAGAAGUAGAAAUUUGGAGAUAAAAACAUCAUAAAUAGGAUCUGAAUCAUAUGAAUUAAACAACACGUAUUAAUGAAUUAGAAUUAAUUAAUGUACAUUAAAAUAAAGAGAUUGAAAGAUUGCAAUAAUAAAAUAUUUUGAAAUAAUAAGAAAAUGAUUCACUUUAAUAGAAAAUUAAUUAUUUGGAAUUUAAUUAUCAAUAAAUUUCAUCAUCAGGAUUAGAUAGUGAAGUUAAAAGACUUAAAGAGUAAUUAGAAUCAAGAUAAAGAGAGAUAGAUGAUUUAAAAAGAAGGAAUACUGAAAUUGAAUAGAAUUUACUUAAAUUAAAAGAUUAUGAAAUAUAAAUUGAAAUUAUUAAAUAGAGAGUAAUAAUAAUAUUAUAUUAUUAUAGAAUUAAUCAUUUGAAAAUUAAUUGUAAGAGUCUGAUCGAUUUAAGCAUUAAUAUACAUCUUAACUUAUUGAAUUAGAUGAGUUACGCAAUAAAUAAAUUAGAUUAGAAAAUUGUGUUAAUGAUUUAAGAAGGAAUGAAUAUAGACAAUAAACUGAAAUUAAUAGAUUGAAUGAUUUAAUUAGAGUUAAAGAUGAGGAAAUUAAUAAAUUACAAAUAGAUUAUAAAAAGAAUAUGACUUUAAUGACAUAAUAGAUGAAUUCCUUUAGAUCUUUAUUGUAUUCAAUAUAUAACAAUAUCAUAGUGAACGAGAUAUUGAUACAUUAAAUAUCAAUAGAAAUAGAUUAGAUAUGGAGAAUAAAGAAUUGAUUGAUUAGAGAAUAUAAUAAUUAAGUGAAGAAUUGAAUUUAAUUAAAAAAGAUAGAGAAUAAUUAUAAUUAGCAUGUUCAUAAUUAACAUAGACAAAACUUGGAUUAGAAAAUAGAAUCAUUGUUUUAUAAGGAGAAAUAGAUAGAUUGAAUUAAUUAGUUAAAACACAAAGCAAUGAAAUAAAUCAUCAUUUACAAACAUUAGAAUUGUAAAAUGAUUAAAUUGAGUAAUUUAGAUAAUAAAAUGAAAUUUACAAAAAAGAAAUGGAUGUAAAACAAUCUAUUAUAUAAAAUAGCUUUUUAAAACUAAUUCAAAUUCAAACUUCUUUUAAUCAGGAUCAUAGAAAAAAUUUGAUUUCAUUCCUAAUCAACAUUCAGAUUCUAAUUGGAAUUGA